UUGGCGUCCUUCUCUCUGGGAUUGAUUAAAAUGCCUGCUCCUUGCUGUACCCUCGCCAUGGCGUCGUGUCUCUGCUCUCUCAGUAACAGAAAGUGGCCGCCUCUCCGCUGUUGCUGCCGACUCAAAGCUCACAGACUCGCUCGGCGUCUCAAACCGCCAUUUUGGAGUCAGAGAACCGAGAGUCGGCAGCAGCGACGAGAGAGACUGAAAGGCGGACACGGGGCCGAGGCUUUUCAUCUUGAUCAUUAGUGUUGGAAUCGAAAAUCAAUGCCAUCCAUUAUUGAGAAGUAAAAGGUCCUGCCCUGCUGGACAGAGGUGGUCUGUGGUGUAUGGCGUCAGGGCAGGGUGGCCAGCUGGAGGUUGGGGUAUCAGGGGCCUCCAGCCUAGCCAAACCUCUCUACCUGCAGCGCUUAGAAAGAUCCCUGAAGUUGGACAGUUUUUUGCGUCAAACCUCUGCUAUCUUCAACAGAGACAUAACCAGUGAUGAUAGCGAUGACAGCGAGGGUGGACUGGAGCCAGGGAUAUCCCUGGAUGCCACCACUCAUCAUACGACUUUGACAAUAAAGAAUGAGUCGUGUGAUCAAGGAGAUGGAUUGGCAGAUGGCAAGCCGCUUAAUGGAGUACUUCUGCAAGGUAAAGACCAAAAGGCAAAUAAAACAAGCCUUUACAAUUUUUCUAAGCUGAAGAAGAACAGGAAAUGGCUGAAGAGUAUCUUGUUGAGUGAUGACACCACAGACUCCGAUACAGACUCGGAUGACGCUAACUUCAGCAUGUCUCGGGAAGAACUACAUGACAUGCUGAGGCUCCAUCGUUACACGAGGCAGCAUCAGAGCAACUUCUACUCUGACCGGGAGCUUCACCAAUACCAGUACUACAGCACGGGACUCUUAUCUACUCAUGAUCCCUUCUAUGAGCAACAACGCCAUCUGCUGGGUCCAAAGAAAAAGAAAAUCAAAGAUGAAAAGAAAUUUAAGGCCAAACUGAAAAAGGUAAAGAAGAAGAAGAAACGGGGAGAGGGAGAAUUUGUGGAUGAGGAGCGUCCCUUCGUCACCAAAAUAUUUGCUAAGUUUUCCCAUGAUGCUCCGCUGCCCAUGGUGAAGAAAAAACAUCUCACUGUCGAGCAGCUGAAUGCUCGCCGACGCAAAGUCUGGCUCACCAUUGCCAAAAAAGAAAUCCCCAAGUCCUUCAAGCAGAAGACUUCAGCUAAGAAUCUGGUAUUAACCAAUGCAAAAAAGCUGGCUCACCAGUGCAUGCGAGAGGUCCGGCGUGCAGCUAUUCAGGCUCAGAAGAACUGUAAAGAAACAUUACCCCGUGCCCGACGUCUUACCAAGGAGAUGAUGCUCUACUGGAAAAAAUAUGACAAGGUGGAAAAGGAGCACAGAAAGAGAGCCGAGAAGGAAGCCCUGGAGCAACGUAAACUUGAUGAAGAAAUGAGAGAGGCCAAGCGUCAGCAGCGCAAACUGAAUUUUCUCAUUACCCAGACAGAGCUGUAUGCUCAUUUUAUGAGUGGUAAAGCUAGCGUGGGGGCUCCAGAUGGAGAUGCAGCACAGGAGGAAAUUCUGAGAAAACUUGAAGACACUGCAGCCCAGAGACAGAUAGACAUUGGAGGAGGAGUAAUGGUCAACAUGGGACAAGAGGACUAUGAUAGCGAAUACUACAAAUCCCAGGCCUUGAGGAAUGCCCAAGAGGCCUACCAGAUUCAUCAGGAGAGAACGCGAAUGUUCGAUGAAGAGGCUAAAGACAGUCGCAGUGCGUCCCUGCAUGCAGCUGGCAGCUUGUCCACAGGAGCUGGCUCUGGGUUUGGAGAAAGCUACAGCCUUUCAAACCCAUCCAUCCGUGCAGAUGAAGACAUUCCUCAGCCCACCAUCUUCAACGGAAAACUCAAGGGCUACCAACUCAAAGGCAUGAACUGGCUGGCUAACCUUUAUGAACAGGGAAUCAAUGGAAUCUUGGCAGAUGAAAUGGGACUGGGAAAGACAGUUCAGAGUAUCGCUUUGUUGGCACACUUAGCAGAGAGAGAUAAUAUCUGGGGUCCAUUCCUGAUCAUCUCUCCAGCGUCUACACUCAACAACUGGCAUCAGGAGUUCACCCGCUUUGUGCCAAAAUUCAAGGUGUUACCGUACUGGGGAAAUCCUCACGAUCGGAAAGUGAUUCGGAAAUUUUGGAGCCAGAAAACCCUUUACACACAAAAUGCACCGUUCCACGUGGUCAUCACGAGCUACCAGCUGGUGGUCCAAGAUGUCAAGUACUUUCAGAGGGUCAAGUGGCAGUAUAUGGUUCUAGAUGAAGCCCAGGCACUGAAAAGCAGCACAAGCGUUCGGUGGAAAAUCCUCCUGCAGUUCCAGUGUCGGAACAGACUUCUGCUAACCGGGACGCCCAUUCAGAACACAAUGGCUGAGCUGUGGGCCCUGCUGCAUUUCAUCAUGCCUACGUUGUUCGAUUCCCAUGAAGAGUUUAACGAGUGGUUCUCCAAGGACAUAGAGAGCCAUGCUGAAAACAAGUCUGCCAUCGAUGAGAACCAACUAUCCAGAUUGCAUAUGAUCCUGAAGCCUUUUAUGCUGCGCAGAAUCAAGAAGGAUGUGGAAAAUGAACUCUCAGACAAGAUUGAGAUCCUGACCUACUGUCAGCUGACUUCCCGGCAGAGGUUGCUCUACCAGGCUCUGAGAAACAAGAUCUCUAUCGAGGAUCUGCUGCAGUCCUCGAUGGGCACGGCCCAGCAGGCUCACAGCACCACCUCCUCCCUCAUGAAUCUGGUCAUGCAGUUUAGAAAGGUCUGCAACCACCCUGACUUGUUUGAGCGUCAGGAGACCCGCUCACCUUUCCACAUGUCCCUCAAGCCCUACGUCAUGUGCAAGUUCCUCUACCGUCAUGGCCUCAUUCACACGCACAAUCAGACCAGGAAAAAAUUACUUCAAGUGCUGCUGUCUCCCUUCUCCCCGAAUCACAUACAGCAGUCUCUCUUUCACAGGAAAGGUGAUGACAAAGGAAGCUGUUUCUCCUUCUUGCGUUUCAUUGACGUGUCACCAGCUGAAAUGUCCAAUCUUAUCCUUCAAGGCACCUUAGUAAGGUGGUUAGCCCUUUUUCUGUCUCUGAAAGCUGCAUACCGGCUCCAUCAUCAGCGCCUGUUCGACCUUGAAGAACAGGGCCAGGAGGAAGCCGGAGACGGGGAGGCUUGCAGAGGAAAGUUACAGCCAGGGAUUAAGUGUCUGUCUCGCAAGGACCUGAUUCUGUGGCUGAACAGACCCAUUUCCUUCCCCAACAUGCACAACAGUCCUGUUUUGCAGGAUUUGGUGUUCACGGCCUCCAGGCCCGGCGUGGUGGGGCACACAGACGUAAAGGUCCACUGCAGAAAAUUGGGCACCUUUACAAUCCGAUCCUGCCAGCCCACGCUGCCACCUAAGUUCCUGCUAGCCGCCACACCCAGGGUGACAGCAGUACCCAUGGAGCGCUACUGUAACGACCGCAGUGCUGAAUACGAGUGGCAGGUGACACGCAGCGGAGGAGGCACGAUCUUUAAACAGUGUUUCCUGUACGGCUCUCCUGAACUGGCAUCAGAAUGGCGUGUGAGGGCUAAUGCCUUUCACCCACAAUGCCCUGGGGGUGCGAUGGCCCUCUAUCCCCGCCAUGGAUGGUCCUUUAUACGGAUACCUGAUAAGGAAAGCCUGAUUACAGAAAGUGGAAAGCUCCACACCUUGGAUAUCCUGUUGAGUCGACUAAAGGCUCAGGGACACAGAGUCCUCAUCUACUCUCAGAUGACUCGCAUGAUAGACCUGCUUGAGGAGUACAUGGUUUAUCGCAAGCACACCUACAUGCGCCUCGAUGGAUCCUCCAAGAUUUCUGAGCGCAGGGACAUGGUGGCUGACUUCCAGAGUCGAACGGAUAUCUUUGUCUUUCUGCUGAGCACACGGGCCGGAGGGCUUGGCAUUAACCUGACUGCUGCUGACACUGUUAUCUUCUAUGACAGUGACUGGAACCCCACAGUGGACCAACAGGCCAUGGACAGGGCUCACAGGCUGGGUCAGACCAAACAGGUCACCGUCUAUCGCCUCAUCUGUCAGGGCACCAUCGAGGAGAGGAUACUACAGCGGGCCAAGGAAAAGAGCGAGAUCCAAAGGGUAGUGAUCUCUGGAGGCAACUUCAAGCCAGACACGCUCAAACCCAAAGAGGUGGUCAGCCUGCUUUUGGACGAUGACGAGCUGGAGAAGAAAUUGCGCCAAAGGCAAGAGGAGAAGAGGCAGCAAGAGGAGAGCAGCAAGGUGAAGGAGCGCAAGAGGAAGAGGGAGAAGUAUGCUGAGAAGAAGAAGAACGAGGAGCUGGAGAACAAGAGGAAAAAGGAAGUGAACCUGGUCAUUUCCCACGCCCCCUCAGCAGACAACUCUAACUUGUCGGCAGAUGGAGACGACUCGUUCAUCAGCGUCGAGAUGGACUCGGCCAUGCCCAGUCCUUUCAGCGAGCCUGUAUGUAUGUCUGUUUGUACUCCUGUGCAUGGACAGAUCUCCUUAAGUAGCGAGCUCCAGCCCGGCUCAUUACCUCCUGAUGCCGACGCGGAUGAGAGCAGCAGCGACAUGCUCGUCAUCGUGGAUGAUCCGCUUUCUUCCGCGCCUCAGUCUCGUGCCACCAACUCACCCGCCUCUGUGUCUGGAUCAGUCUCUGACAAUAUGAAUGGUGUUUCAGCCUCGGACACAAUCAGUCCAGGCAGAGGCAGGUCCGGGCGGAGUCGUGGGCGGCCUAAAGGCUCUGGAGGCAGUGCCAAGACUGGAGGGAAAGGACGCGGGCGUAAGUCAACUGCAGGUAGUGCAGCAGCAAUGGCAGGAGCGAUGGCAGGCGCGGCAGCUGCUUCGGCAGCAGCUUAUGCUGCUUAUGGCUACAGUGUUUCGAAAGCGGGCCUCUCUGCAUCCAGCCCUCUGCAGACCUCCCUGGGCCGGUCUGGUACCAGUCCUGCCUUUAGCCUCAGCAGAAGCUCCUCCCCCCAGACCAAAGGAGGCACCUCCACCCCGAGCCCCCACAAACAGCUGGCCCACAGCCACCACCACAGCAGCCACGGAGCAGUCAGGAAAGGAAAGGGUCCUGGUGGUCCUGGGGCUCGAUGAUACAUGCGUACGCGUAUUCAUAUUAAUAUGCCCUGACAGAUAACUGACCUGCUCUUCACUGUGAUUCCCAGAGAUACCCCCGCCCCCUCCCCGCCCACCUAAACUAAUAAACAAGAGUAUUUAUAGUAACUGAGGCUCACUACCUGGAGGACCACGCUCUCCCUUCUGGCUCAGCAACUAAAUAGAAGCUAGAGUAACCACAACAAUUUAAAGGUACAGCCUCAACCAGCCUCUGCAUUUGUUCAUUUAUAUUCAUUUAGUUUUAUUUAAUUUUUUUGUUUGUUUGUUUGUCCAGAGCAGUGGACAAAAACACUGCCUUGAGCAUUUUAAUUUGAAUUUUGACAGAAGUAUUUCUAAGUGCUUUUUUGAGAAGACAAGCUGUAUUCUACUAUUGACGACAGGAAACCCAAAGGCGUGUAGCUCAAAGGGCUUUUCAGAUCCUUGUGUUUGCCCGGGUAGCGAGAAAAAGGAGUUCCUGUCAAAUGCACUGAGCCACGUCUUCCCUUGUUUUUUAUUUUUAAUUGUUAUUUUAUUUUGAUUUUUUUCUGUGUUACUGAUUCUCCUACAUGCACAUUUGGUUAUUUAAUUGUUCUGUAGAUAUGUUCAGCGCAAAGCUGGUGAACAAGUCUGCAUUUUACAGAGCUUAAUGUGAACCCACACCAUACCAAACAGCUUUUGUACUAAAGCUCCUAUUUUUGUAAUGAAAGAUGUACUGAAACCAACAGGCAGGCAGUUAAAAUUGUAUCCAUAAAAUGUGUUCAUGUAUAGGUGGAAAUGGAAAAUUUCUGAUUAUUUUUUGUGUCCAAUGGGGAAAAUAAUGUAAAAACAAAAAAAGAAAGAAAAGGUCUACUAAAAUGAGGGGUACUGAUUGAUAGAGCAAUGCUGCUAAGGUUAAAUGUAUGAAUCGAUUCACAUUUAUUUUGGUUGUCUUAAGUUAUUUAAGUUAAAAACAGGCGAUUCACGAAAAUUGCGGAAAAAUCGUCACCUGUAAACUGUAAAUUGCGAAUUCUAGAGCCAUUUUUUUUCUUACUUUUUCCAAAAUUGUUUUCUGUGAUGAGAAAUCUGUGGUUCUCUUUGAUGUCAUUAAUGUUUCAGAAACAAAAAACAGUAAAAAAAAAAGGUGUGCAUCAUUGUCCUGAAUUGAGCACUACAUUUGUUCUAAUGGGUUUGUUUUUGUGUUUAUAGCGUAAAUAAAAUGCAAUGUUCUAUAUCGAUUGUACAUAAUGAUGAAUGAAAGCGACAUUUCCUCUGGCUUUUUCUCUCAUUUGCCUGACUAUUUUUAUAAGUCACAUGUACAUAUGAAGAAAUGCAUCUGUCAUUUUACUAACAGGAGUCAACUGAAAAUAAAAGAUGGCGAA